CCGCCAUCCCAUCAUCCCUCCUUAAUCUGUCUUGAAAUGGAAAUGCCGAGGCACGAUAAAAAAAAAAGUAUCUGGUCACGUGCGGAACAAUCGGCCACUCCUAGGCGGUGACGAAUGGCAAUAAGCAUAUGGUAUUCGCCCAGCCUUGUCCAACUGAUACCGCGUUCGCGUUUCUAGUCCCAAGCCGAUGAGCAAUAACUCUUCCUUCACAUCCGUGUAUUGGCAACGAUGACUUCUGAGACCAUGGUUCCCAAAGAAUUGACCAUCAUAGUGGCUACCACUGCCCGAAACAUGGGUAUCGGCCGCGCCGGCGAGCUUCCCUGGACCGGCCUCAGGAAGGAGAUGGCAUAUUUUGCACGUGUCACGAAGCGUACCCCAUUGGCUGCUACCCCAAAUCCAGAACCCCCCAAGCCCGUGAGAAAUGCAGUCAUAAUGGGUCGUAAGACCUGGGACAGCAUCCCCCUCAAGUUUAGGCCGUUGAAGGGACGAGUGAAUAUCGUGCUCAGCCGCUCACAUACGACUCCAAAACCGCUUCCGGAGAUCGAUACUGAUGAGGAACCUUUACGAGCUGCAUCAUUAUCAGAUGCUUUGAAAGCACUUGAGGCCAGCAACGAGAUUGGCAAGGUAUUUGUGAUUGGUGGGGCUGAAAUUUACCGGAUGGCGAUACAAGAGCAGGCAACCAAGAGGAUUCUGGUAACAAAGAUCCUCUCCGAUUUCGACUGCGACACGUUCUUCCCAAUAUCACUGCCGGGAGACGAUGGCCAAUGGACGAAGAAGGGCAAGGAGGAACUGGACGCUUGGGUCGGCGAGGAUGUUGCCCCAGGAGAACAGGAAGAGAACGGCAUUAAGUAUGUCUUCGAGAUGUAUGAAAGAGAAUGAAUCCAAGUGUCACAAGCAUGGGCAGACCAUGUAUUGUUCAUUACGAUCGCCACAAACUAAAAAUGACACCCCUCUUCUCCAAAUAUCCGGCACCAACACCCCCAGAUUCGAGGACUACAAUGUUAUUAACUGCUCCCAGCUACUGGCAAAAUACCAUAGGUAACUGCAGUAUUUACUCGAUUCUGUACAGGCAGAUAUUAGCUUUCACCACUUAUAUCACAGUGGGGACUAUUUCUCAUACCUCUCAAUCAAGUGCAAUCCAGACGCGGUCUCGACAACAUGACUGAUCUCACCAGGCUUCAGGUUGAACGCAGCAUCCUCGAACUCCUUCUGCAUAUCACCCU